CCUACGGAUAUUAUAGGCCGUUAGUUCUGUGUAACUAAUAAUAAUAACACGCAGAUAAUACAAAAUCUUUCGUUUUUCUUUCGAAUAAAACACACAUUAUGGCAGUUUUCGAAAGCAUAGGAACAUGCCAGCUUGUUUUUAUUGUAUUAUUUCUUGUUUUACCAAUACUGUAUCAGACUUCCAGUACAUUUAAGUAUCAUUUUAAAUUGUUUGUUUACUACUUUCUCGUGCUUUUGAUUGGCUUUGCUGUCACAAUUUACUCUUUACCCCGACCAAGGGAUACAAGAAAUCAUUUUUUUGUGUCAUGGUGCGUCAAAGCAUUUCUAAGACAUGUUGCUGGGAUGGAGGUUGAAAUACGUGGGCAAGAAAUCUUGAAAAAAGAUGAAACUGCUGUUAUCGUUAUGAAUCACCAGAGCUCUCUUGACAUGAUUCCAUUGUUUAUGAUUUGGCCUGAAAAUUGUGUAAGUCUGGCUAAAAAGGAGCUCUUUUAUGCUGGUCCAUUUGGCAUAGGAGCAUGGAUGUGUGGGACCAUAUACAUUGAUAGACUCAAUCAUCAAAGUGCUAGGAAAACAAUGGAGGACACUGCAGAUCUCAUCAAACAUAAAAAGUUAAAAGUAGCCAUUUUUGCUGAAGGAACACGUAACCACAAAGGAUCAAUGCUGCCUUUUAAAAAGGGGGCAUUUCACCUUGCUGUCGCUGGGCAGGUUCCAAUUAUUCCAGUUGUUUUUUCUUCCUACAACAACUUUUACAGUAAACCUGAUAAAAGGUUUGAUGAAGGUCGUGUGAUUCUUGAAGUUCUGCCACCCAUCUCCACUGUUGGACUCACAACAGAUGACGUGACGUCUCUUACAGAGCUAACCAGAGAGAAAAUGCUGGAGUGUUUUGAUCGGAUUAGUGAAGAAGCCAAGACAUUUUAAAGCCCAGUGAAAUCCAUUCUACAUCAGGCUGUUUGUGUGGGUGUACAAGGUGCUAGAGCAUUGUCAACAAAGGUGGAAUUUUUUUUUUUUGGAUCUGAUUGUUUGAAUGCUUGUGCAAGAACUCUAUAACUGACUCUGCGAGUCUAGGGAGUGACAAGAAAUAAUUUAGCUGGUUAAAAUGAUGGUUGGGGCAUGACAGAUUACAGUGAAUAUAAGCUGGUGUUUAAAUAGAGUAAUGAAUACCCCAAUACAAAAUUUACAUCAAUGUAGCUGCUAUAGCCCUCUCUUUUUGUUUCUAGUCCAAAGUCCGUAUAAAUGCUUAUCUAUAGCGUCAGUUCAUCACUGGUUGUUACUAAAUCAAAUAAGGGGUAACUUCUUUAUCGUAAGGUUACAAAACUUGUGUUGCAAACAAAAAUGUAUCAUACCUCACAUUUUACAGUGGGUCAACUUACACUUAGAACUUACAUAACUAACUGUAAAUGCUGUCAACUGGGUUUCUCAGUGUAGUAUUUUUUAAUGCUUUCUAUAGUGUAAAUUCUUUAAUUGAUAGAAACAGCUUUGAAAAGGUAUAUCUAUAUCUCAACUGAUAGAAACAGUUUUGAAAAGUUAUAUCUCAUGGGUAACAGGAGUACAUUUUUUGAAUGAAAGGGUAUUUUAAAUCAGAUAUGAAUGGUGGCUUUAACUUUUCGUUGUAGAAAAUCAAUGCUUUAAUAUGUACUUUGUUCUAUUUUUAGAACCUAUUUAUUGGCUAGUUGUUUUUUUUUUAAACUAAUCUUGUCAAAAUUAAGUUGUUUUAAAAUCAGUUAUGUCAAGCUAUUAAUUGACAAGCUAUUAGUUCUUAUUGUUUUAAUUUAAAAUAUUUUUGUAUGACCAAUUAAUUUGUGUACAUUCUGAAAGUUAUUAGUGGCAUUUUAAAGCCAUUGUAAUUUACUAAAUUUCUGUACAAUGUUUUAAUAAUAAUUAUUAUUUAUUGGUGGUGCUUUGAAUAAAUUGUAACAACAUGCAUUUUGCUUAGAAUGUUUUAAUUCCUUGAAAAUUUACCAAAUUACAAGUAUUGUGUUACUUUUAUUUCAGAAAAUAGUUUUGAGGCAUUUAAACUAUGUCCUGUUCAUGUUGAUGUAGUUUUUUACCAAAAUGUUAUCGCAUGUUUAAAGAAGUUUUUUUUUUCUGACACUUUUUUUCACCAAUAUUUUGAAUUUUAAGUUAAAUUAAUCAUAUCUUUUUUUUAAUACUUCUAAAAACCUAGUGUUCAAUAAGUACAAAGAAUUAUUUGUAUGUACUGUAGAUUAAUCUGUCACACCUGCUUUCAUCACUAAUCUAUAUUUAGAACAAAAGAAAAAGUUUCUUUUCUGAUAAAUGUUAAUGAAAUGAUUAAUAUAUAUUUCUUAACAUUAGCUUACAAAUUUGAAAAAGCUUUAAAAAAGUUUAAUUUUUUUUCUGUGAUAAAAUCCACAAGUUCUAUGAGUAAAGAAAUGGUUGAGGUAAAUAGGUCAUGCUUUAAACUGGGUAAGUCUUUGUAUACUUUUAUUAGUCCUGUGAUACAACUCUUGUAAAAGCUACAUUUUGGUAAUAAGAAGAAACACUUAUUGUUUGAAUGCUAGACUUGUUAGCAUUAAUGUUAAAUGCAGAUCAACUAUUGGCCAGAACGGUUGUGCUUUUCAUUGUAUCAUAUUUUUGUUUCUUAAGCCUCUGAGUUUUUACAUUCUUUAAGCAGAUUUUAACAUUACCCAAAGGGUAAACACAAUCUUCUUCACUUUCAACCAUUAAUUCAUUUUUUUCUAUUUACAUUUUAAAAUUUCUCAAUUUAAAAUAGAAAGCACUUUUUUUCUUCUAUUAAAAAGAUAAACAGAAAAAAACUAAAAAAAUUUUUUGGGUCUAUCUUUGACUGUCUUGGACCUUUGAAACUUAUAAUGUCACUACAGUUUGUAUUGAGCUGAAUUACAGUUUUCUUCCAAAUACUUCCAUUUGUCUUCUCUGCUUUUUCAAUUAACUCCCUUGCCAUUAAAGAUGCUAACAUUUUGCAAUACAGGCACAAAUAUUUCACACACAGGAAGUGGUUAAAAUAUAAAAUUUUUGAUAAAUUAUGCACAUAGAAUGUUAACAUUUUACUAAAAUACAUUUACAAUUUUAAAAAAUAACAGCGCAACCUUUUUAAAAUGUUAACAUUCUACAGCAUCUUAUUUUAAACAAUACAUGUUUUCAGAAAAUAUAUACAGUUUACAAACAUGACAUAUAUUAACCUUUAACAAUGCAACAGUUUGACAAACAAAAUUUUUUAUCAACAAAAUCAAAUUCUUGCCAUGCAGUUGUUCAUGAUUUUAUUCACAUUACUUGUAAUAUAGCUUUGACGUUAUUUAUGUUUAGAAUAUUGCAAUCGUUAUUUUUUAUAACGCUUUUUCUUGCUGACUGCAAGUUUUAAAUUUGUAUUGAUUACACUCAGUAUUCCAAUCAAACAGUUGUCUUUGAUCUGUUGAAUUUAUCACAGGACUUGUUCUCUAAUGUAAUGUUAUUAACGACACCAAUAUGCCAAGUGUCUUUUGCUAUUUCAGUCUUUGGAAGUACACAAAGCUUGUUAUUUAGUUCAGAUUGUAAACAGAGAUGUAACUUUUCCAUUUUCUAAACCAAUCUUAUUUUGCCAUCCGAGAAAAAAUUUCUAUUGAAGUUUUUUAUGGUGAAAUUGUUAAAAAAAACUUAUAUUUAAAUUCAUGAUUUACAUUAAUAUUGUCUUGAAUACCCACCUAGAAAAUUUGAAAAUGCAAUUGAUUUUGUUGUCAGAAACAUGGCUAUGCAUUCUGUUAGUUUUAUGCAAAAAAAAUGUCCAUUCUUAGAUGGUCAGUUACAUCUUUGUGUUUACUUAAAACAAAUGUGUUUAAAACAAAUUAACUUGAAAAUGUACAAAAAUAAGAUAUAGAAAGUAAUAAUUCUGCAAGUGUUUAAGUUGAAGUUAUUAAAAUAGUUGUAAUUCAAAAUCCUUUGUUAGUUAAAAUUACAAGUUUAUUUUAUCUGAAUUUAUUAAAUUUAAAAGAUUUUAAACUAAAAGCUUUCAAAGAAUAAGUAUUCCUUUAGGAUUUAACUUUUUAGUAUGUAAUUUUGUUAUAGUACCAUGAAUGAAGAUUGAAAAAACAAAAAUAUUUUUAUAUAAAUACUUUGUCCUAUACUGUAUUAUAUCAUGGAAGUAUUGGAAACAAAAAUAACAUUCUGCCUGAUUUUGUUAUCUAUAUUUUAUGUAGGCCUACAGAAUGAGGUCAAUAUUUUAAUCAGUUCUAUUAUGUGAGUUUUUAUGCUGGUACAAAAUAUAACAAGGGAUAUAAAUUUGGUUAGUUUUGUAGUGCCAAAGUGUAUCUGCAUUUAUUAUUUUGGUUUCUUUUCGAUAUGAAUUUGCUUGGUUAUACUGUUGUACUAGGGAUUGUCACAAAUAUUUUUCUCCCUUUGAGUAACAACACAGCUAUCAGGGGCAAGUCCAAUGUUAAAAUAAAAAACAAU